GCCGCAUUCCCUCCUUCAGCAGCAUCGUCCCGGCUUAACCAUCUGCACAACAUGGCAGCUUCCGAGAAAACAGCGGCAAAGCAGACGCCGCCUGCAGCGCCUCCAGCCCGAGGAAGCGCGCUGAAAGGCGCAUCGCUCCUCAUCAUCCUGCAGAUCGGCUCGCGCCUGUUGACCUUUGUCGCCAACCAACUGCUCCUGCGCUACCUCACAGCUCCCCUGCUAGGCCUAUCGACUCAAUUGGAAGUAUACUAUCUCUCUGUGCUCUUCUUUGCGCGCGAGAGUCUGCGCGUUGCGAUCCAGCGACGACCGUCUGCUGAAGGCGGACGUAACGAGGGCCAGAGCGUCAUCAACUUGGGAUAUAUCCCCGUCUUGAUUGGUUGGCUCGUGGCAGCCGGCUUGGGAUGGGCGUAUCUUGCGUAUGCACCGACAGAGACCGUGUAUCUUACUGAGUCGCUGUACUUGUAUGCUCUGGCGUCGGUGGUAGAGCUUGCCUCCGAGCCGUGUUUUGUGCUGCUUCAGUCUCGACUACAGUUUGGCACACGCGCUACGGCAGAGAGCCUUGCCACGUUUGCAAGAUGUUUUGUUGUCUUUGCGUUGGCUGUUGGGGCGGAUCGCAAGGGCCUGGACGCUGGCGUGCUCCCGUUUGCGGUUGGCCAGAUUACAUAUGGUGUUAUUCUGCUGUUUGUAUACCUCGUUUCUGGAUACAGGGCAGCGGCCGAGGGCGGCUUUUCUCUCUUCCCGAAGCCUAUUGCAAGCAAGGAUGGCCAAUUCCUGUACUCUCUUUUUUAUAAGCCGACGCUGACGCUGGCUGCGAGCAUGACGGCCCAGAGCGUCGUCAAACAUAUCCUCACACAGGGCGAUACGUUCCUCAUCUCUAUGCUUUCUACUACACAAGUUCAGGGAGUUUAUGCGCUUGCUAACAACUAUGGAGGCUUGCUGGCUAGAUUGUUGUUCCAGCCUGUGGAAGAGAGCAGCAGAUCGUACUUUGCACGCCUCUUAUCGCCAUCCAACGCCACUGGUGAUGAAAAGGGUAAAGCUACGGCUCAGGUAGCAGAAGCGCAAAAGAGCGUUACCAUCCUCUUGAAGCUAUAUACACUGCUUUCGGUCCUGAUUGCGACAUUUGGUCCGCCAGCUGCGCCUGUUCUCCUCUCACUUGUUGCAGGCAAACAAUGGGCCACCGCUGGUGCCGGCCAAGUCCUUGGCUUCUACUGUCUCUACAUCCCCUUUCUUGCACUGAAUGGGCUUACGGAAGCCUUUGUUGCCAGCGUCGCCACUGAAACGCAAGUGCACAUACAGAGUCUCUGGAUGACUGCCUUUUCAGGCGCCUUCGUUGCUUCUGCCUACGUCUUUAUGAAAGUCUUGGAGCUAGGCGCUAUUGGCCUGGUUGCCGCCAACAUUGUCAACAUGGCGUGUCGAAUCGUGUGGAGCGCCAUCUUCAUCAAGAGCUACUUUAAAGCCCGAGGAACCCAGUUCAAUGUGAGCGACAUCCUACCAGUUUCCAGCAUUGCUCUCGCAGGCGGCGUCGCUGCUACAAUGGGCCAAGUCGUAACCGGCGCCGAGGCUCCAUUCAUGACGCUUGCCAAGGUGGCAGGUAUUGCGGCACCUGUUGUUCUUGUCAUCGGCAUUCUUGAACGCCGAUUCUUAUUGGACUGCUUCUCUGCGGUACGCGGCCGCGGAAGCAAAGCAAAAUAAUAUGUCAAGUCAUGCAAAGCAGAUGUAUUGUAAAUAUCUAUCAUGUAUCAAUAGAAGCAGCGACGACAUUGCGCCUUGUCAAUACUACAAACGAAAAAGUAUCGUUGCGGCAAACUACUAGAAAAGAAAGCAAAGAACACCUUUGAAAAUAUACCCCAAAUAAAACUUUUUGACAUUAUAUGCACUUUUAAUCGAACGUGAUCUUGGUCGCCUUCUGGUUCAUGUCGACGUCCUUGAAGAAGGAUCCGUACAUGUCGUGAGUCUUCUUCUUGACAAUGGUGCCGAACUUGAGCAGCUCGUCGGGAACCUUUUGGU